AUGGCCGAGGGGAAGAGUCCUGAGGGGGGUGUUUGCAUGCAAGAUUUGGAGAGGGGGGGGUGUGGGAAUGAGUAUGUGGAUUAUGCGGUUUCGAGGGCGGCGGGGUGGAUGAUGGGGGUUGAGGCGGGGAAAAGGUGGGGAGGAGAGGGGAUUUUAAGUCUCAUCCAAAACCCGGGCAACCUCCAAACGCAAGCCUACCGCACGCAACCGGCCCUCACAAAAUUCUUCAUCAACCUGCUCCUGCACCCCGCCAAACUCGGUGCCUACACUGAGCUCUUCGCCGGACUCAGUCCCCUCACCUCGCAACACCAAGGCGCGUAUAUUAUUCCCUGGGGACGCAUUCAGCCGCGCCAUCGCCAUCCGCACGCAGACAUCUACGCGGCGAUGGACGCGGGACGGGGUGCCGAGUUGUGGGAGUGGUGUGAGCGCAUGAUUGUGAGUGGUGCUGAAGGGGAUGUGUGA